AUGGAAGAAGAAUACGAUUAUAUCAUUGUUGGCGCAGGCAUUGGUGGUCUGGUCCUAGCGAACAGACUCAGUGAAGAUGCUGCCGUCAAGGUCCUCCUCAUUGAGGCUGGUCCCAAUCACAUCGGGGAUCCAUUUAUUGACACCCCGGGUUUGAUGACAGCGCAAUAUGGAAAUCCGGACUAUGACUGGAACUACAUGAGUGUUCCACAGGUUCAUGCGAACAACCGACAAAUUGCCCAACCUCGCGGUCGCGUCGUUGGUGGUUCCACCGCGAUGAACUUCUCGGUUGUGGUCUACCCUACCGAAUCAAACUUCCAGGCCUGGGAGGCUUUGGGCAACGCCGGCUGGAACGCCGAGAACAUGGCCCCUUACCUCCGAAAAUUCCACACAUACUCCACGCCGAGCGAGGCAAUGACAGACCUUCUCGACACAGCUCGGUAUAUGAACAAGGAUAAGCAAGGCUCCAGUGGUCCGAUUCCUGUGUCUCUGCCGGAUGUGUUUGGGCCAUUUGACAAGGCAUGGAACGAGACAUUUGCAGAGCUGGGCUGGCAAACCGAUGCCGAUCCCAUCGAGGGUCGCAAAUUGGGAGCUUUCACAUCUCCUCUGAGCGUGGACGCCGAAAAAGGAAAGCGAGGAUACGCGGCCGCAUAUUAUUCCCCAGAUGUGGCGGCACGACCUAACCUUGAUCUCAUGGCAGAGACCACGGUGCAGAAAAUCAUUCUCGCCGAGGAAGACGGAGAGGUCGUCGCGAAGGGCGUGCAGAUUGAAACCUGGAAAGGCCAAUCCAAAAUCCACGCAAAGAAAGAAGUAAUCGUCUGCGGAGGCAGUCUAAAUACCCCGCAGAUUCUGGAGCUCUCCGGAAUUGGAAAUGCGGAGCUCCUUCGCAAGCACGAUAUUCCGGUCGUGAUUGACAAUCCAGCGGUGGGCGAGAACCUGCAGGACCACAGCAUCACCUCUGUAAACUUGGAGAUCGCCGACGGUCAAAUUUCAGGUGAUAUCAUGCGCGAUCCGGCUGUGGUCGAGGCAUUGAUCAACCUCUACGAGCAGACACGUGGAGGCCCAUUGGCAGGAAUGCCGAUCAGCAUGGCUUAUCUCCCCUUCAUGAAUGGAAAUGGCGUAGUCCCGAAGGAAGAAGCGGAGGAGUUGCUUGCAAAGUAUCUCGACCACGACGAUAUCCCCGCCAACCUGCGACUGCAGUACUCACACAUCCGUAAGAUGCUACUUGACCCACAAGACGCCUCAACACAUUAUCUGUUGCUCCCAGCACAGCUGCACAUGAAUCCGGGCAAGACCACCCUUACCGACGUGCUGGAGAAAAAGCUUCCUGAAAAUUAUGUCUCCAUCAUGAUGUUGCAUAACCACCCAUUUUCACGUGGAUCCGUCCAUAUUUCCUCUGCCAGCAGUGACGAUAAGCCCACGUACGAUCCGAAUUUCCUUUCACACCCACUUGAUAUCGAGAUCAUGGCUCGGCAGUUGCAGUUCGUGGAACAAAUCUCCACGACAGGGCCAUUUGCCGGUCUCCUGAAGCCUGGAAAGCGUAUGCCAGAGAACACGAAGGAUUUGACAGACCUGGAUCACGUAAAGGAGGUUGUGAAGGAGCGUCUGUUCACAUGUUUCCACCCCGCGGGCUCAUGUGCCAUGCUGCCGAAGGAGAUCGGGGGUGUUGUUGACUCGAAUCUGAAGGUGUAUGGAACACGGAAUUUGAGAGUUGUUGAUGCCAGUAUCUUCCCUCUUGAGCCGAGUGGAAAUAUCCAGGCAACUCUUUAUGCUGUUGCAGAGAGAGCAGCUGAUUUGAUCAAGGAUCAAUGUUAG